AUGGUGCAGACGAUCUUUGUCUAUGUGAUUAGUGUGAAGUUUGAACCGGGCCACAAUUCUACACAGUGCUACGCCUUCUUUGCUGAUCUGAGACGGGCGAUUGCGGAUGACGAAGUGGAUGAGUUCAUGGAGAUGUCUAAAAGGCAUCAUUUUCCUGAGGACCUUGUGCAGGUCGAUCUAACGACGAAGACCAUUCAAAAUGGCGGUGACUGA